UCUCUCACUUGCUUGGCAAACUAAUUAAGUUUCAAAAGCCUAAAACCUAAUCCAAAAUGUUAGAAUUAUCUCCUGCUACUUUGUUUUCAACAUUUGGAUGGCCCGUAGAGGAACCCACAAGCCAUGAGCGGAACUACCUAAGUUUUAGAGAUAGUGAAACCCAAGAGUCAUUAAUUACUCAAUUCCCUCCAUCUCAGCCACAAAUAGUAAAGCUUGAUCGCUCCCCAUCAUUCACGGCAUAUAGUGGAAGUGUUGAUCCUAUCAUGGUCAAGAAACUUAGCCACAACGCUAAUGAACGUGACCGUCGCAAGAAGAUUAAAAGUUUGUAUUCUUCACUUCGUUCACUUCUCCCAGCAGCAGAUCAAAUGAAAUUAAGCGUACCGGCCACUGUUUCUCGUGCGCUUAAGUACCUACCAGAGCUUCAACAGCAAGUCGAGAGACUGGUUCAAAGAAAGGAGGAGCUUUUAUCAAAGUUAUCAAAGCAAGGUGGUAUAAAUAUUCAUCAAGAAAAUCAAAGAAAUGACACCGUGUAUAGCUCUUUAUCAUCGGUAUCGGCAAGCCAGCUUAGUGAUAAAGAAGUUGUCGUUCAUAUUUCCACUUACAAGAACCAUAAAAGUCCAUUAUCAGAAAUCUUGCUCACCUUAGAGGAAGAUGGACUUGUUCUAAAAAACUCUUCUUCCUUUGAGUCAUUUGGGGACAGGGUCUUCUAUAAUUUACAUCUUCAGGUCAUGGAAGGAACUUACACAUUGGAUAGUGAGGCCAUGAGGGCGAAGCUUGUGUCUUUAUCUGUAAAGAGGGAAUCAUCGUCUCUAUAAAUUCAAGUGCUCCAUAAUAUUCUAAUUUGAUGCGGAAAAAUUAGCGUAGGAUUUUCUGGAUGAGACUUACAAAAAGAAAUGGAUGGUUUAAUAAGCUUCUGUGUACGCCUCAAGUUUGCUCUCUACUCGGAUUUGUCAAUUUAUUUUGAAAGCUCUCAAAAUUGCCUUUGAAGUUAAUUUUGAACCAUAAUUUAGAUUUUUUUUCCUUGUUAAUUUUGGAUUUUAGCUUUAUUAUUUUUCCUGAUUGAUUGUUUCUUAAUUAUUUAUAAAUAUUUAGGGUAUUUAAAUUUAUCUUUUUAUAUUUUAUAAGAUUUUUGCUUAAUAAAACUACGUACGUACUUUUAUAAUUUUGACUGUAUAACUCAAAUUUGUAGUU